CCUAAUGAAAGUUUUAAUUUGGGAUCUGAGCUUUAACACGAGAAAGGAGAAGCGCAAGUACAGUAGUACGCGACGGGGAUACAAAGAAAGAAUACGCAGUUUUAUUCGUGCACAUGACAAUACAAUAGCCCUGAAGGGCGACAGAACGACGCCGAUCCUGACAUAAUAAUGAUGGCGGAGGCCGACGCGGAAGAGAACGUGUACCGUGAGGCUGUGGUGGAGUCGCCUGUUGCGCCCCCUAAUGGCGACAUUAACAUUGACGACCUGUUACCCGACGGUCCUCAGGGGAAUAUUCAAGGACAGAUGGAGGAGUUCCUGGGCCCCCAGCCGGAGUACGAUGAGGAAGAGGAGGAGAAGAAGUAUUACAGGAGGAAGAAGCUGGGCGUGGUGAAGAACGUCCUGGGGGCCAGCGUCGGGGGCAUGAUCAUAUACAGCGUCUACAUGGGCCUGUUGCAGAUGCAGCUGAUCCUCCACUAUGAUGAGACGUACAGGGAGGUGAAGUAUGGUAACCUGGGUCUGGAGGACAUCGACAAGAAGAUGCUGAUGGGGAUCAACGUUACACCCAUCAUAGCCCUGUUAUACACCCCCAUACUCAUCAGGUUUCUGGGCACCAAGUGGAUGAUGUUUCUGGCAAGUGGAAUUUACGCUCUCUUCGUCUCAACCAAUUACUGGGAGCGAUACUACACCCUGGUACCAUCGGCUGUGGCCAUUGGUGCAGCCAUUGUCCCGCUGUGGGCGUCGUUAGGGAACUACAUCACAAGGAUGGCACAACAGUACUAUGAGUAUGUGAACUAUAAGGAGGAUCACGUUCAGGAACAGAAGAAACUACCCAAGGGGGCGUGUCAUCGCUAUGUCAUCAUCUUCCAAUCCGUGUUCUUCAUCAUCUUCCAUCUCAGCCUGGUGUUUGCAGAGUUCCCCCAGCGCCUCUUCCUCCACCAGUUCCUUAGUGACUACAACCACACACUGUACAACGUUAAACACUGUGGUGCGGAGGGCAGUGGAAUGAUCGAGGGUUUCAACAGGACCGUCCUGAAGCACCUCCCUCGCUCCCUGCUGCUCAUCCAGGUGGAGAGUGUUCUCAUGGGGGCCGCCUUCCUCUCCAUGAUCAUCUUCCUGGCGGUGUGCGGGGCUGCGUACCGCCCUACAGAGGAGAUCGAUCUGAGGAGUAUCGGCUGGGGGAACAUCUUCCAGUUGCCCUUCAAACACCUGAGAGACUACAGGCUGAGACUCCUCAUCCCUUUCUUCAUCUACAGUGGACUGGACUCACUCUUCUCUGUCACCGGACUCACUCUGUCGUAUGGUGUGUGUACGGUGGGUCUGGAGUGGCUGUAUCUCCUGGUGAUGGUCUAUGGUCUGUCCUGCUCCCUGUUCUCCUGCCUGUCCCUGUCCCUCCUCAGGCUGCCACGCUACGUCUCUCUGCUAGGGGGCGCUGUGAUCCACGGUCCUCUGCUGGUGUUCCUGCUGUUCUGGUCCCCGGCUCCACGCUCACCUGAUCAACUGCCUUACCUGCUGGUGGUGAUCGCCCUCUGGGGAAUGGGGUCUGCAUUGAAUAAGACUGGACUCAGCAUUCUCCUGGGUAUGUUGUAUGAAGAUAAAGAGAGACUGGACUUUGUCUACACCAUCUACCACUGGUGGCAGGCUAUCGCCAUCUUCAUAGUCUACCUGUGGACUGGACUCAUCAUGAGGGCCAAACUCUCCAUUCUAUUGGUCAUCUUGCUGCUGGCAUGCUUCUGCUAUUGGACGAUGGAGCGACGCCUGGCCAAGAACAUGCAUUUCAGACUGCCUCGCAUUCCCCGCCCCAAACACAAGGUCAAAGGUUAUCGUUACCUGGAGGAGGAAAACUCAGAUGAGUCGAACUCGGAGGAGAGUGAUGAGGAUGAUGAUGAAGAGCACCAGGAGGAAGUGAUCAGGGAGGACUUUGGCGGAGACGCAGGGUCGCAGGGCUCUGAUUCGACCAGGGAGAGGAGAGGAGGGGCUAGGGGACGGCGCAGGAGGAGAGACGAUGAUUAUGAGCAAGCGGGGGAAAGGGAGGAGAGAGAGAAGGAGGGAGAGAGAGGGAUAGAGAAAGAGUGAAAGAGCGAAAAAUAGUUAGAGAGAGAGCGAGUCCUUUAGCUAUCCUCUAGGUAUCCUCUAGCUAUCCUCUAGG